AUGGAUAAGCUCACAGUUAUCUCAGGAACACUUUUCAUGACUGCAGAUGUCUUUGCUAUUGUGAGUCUUGCAAUGCCAGAUUGGAUAAUUACGGACGUUGGAGGUGAUACUCGUUUAGGAUUAAUGUGGUCUUGUAUAACUUUGUACAACCGCCCACAAGUUUGCUUUACUCCAGAUCUACAACCAGAAUGGUUAUUAGCUUUAAUAUGUAUUUUCUUGGGAUGCAUCUGUAUAACUACAACAGUAAUUCUACUAGCAUCAAGUCAUUUUGAUCGUAAUGUUAUACCUUAUGCACGUUGGGUUGGAUUUGCUGCAAUGGUUGUAUUUUGCCUGGCUGCAGUUAUAUUUCCAAUGGGAUUCCAUGUUGAUGAAAUUGGAGGACAACCUUACCAACUCCCUAAUAGCCACCAAGUUGGGAUAUCUUAUAUAUUAUUUGUACUUUCACUUUGGAUUACAGUAAUAUCUGAAUUAUUUGCUGGCAAAGUAUGCUUGCCACAUUUC